AUGGCUGAUCUACAAGUGACUUUGCUUCAAGGUACUUUAAAAGGAAAAGAGCAAAUUAGUGAAAAAGGAAAUGUGUUCCAUAGUUAUUCUGGAAUUCCAUAUGCCAAACCUCCUGUAGGUGAUCUAAGAUUUAAGCCACCUCAACCUGCAGAACCUUGGUCAGGUGUUCUUGAUGCUAGUAAAGAAGGGAAUAGUUGUAGAUCAGUACAUUUUAUUAAAAAAAUUAAAGUAGGGGCUGAAGAUUGUUUAUACCUCAAUGUCUAUGUACCAAAAACAUCAGAGAAAUCACUUCUUCCAGUAAUGGUAUGGAUACAUGGAGGAGGCUUCUUCAUGGGAUCUGGAAAUAGUGAUAUGUAUGGUCCUGAAUAUUUGAUGGAUUAUGGAAUUGUUCUGGUUACUUUCAAUUAUCGAUUAGGUGUUUUGGGAUUUUUGAACCUGGGAAUAGAGGAAGCGCCUGGCAAUGUUGGUUUGAUGGACCAGGUUGAAGCUCUAAAAUGGGUAAAAAACAAUAUUGCAUCCUUUGGUGGUGACCCCAACAAUGUGACUAUUUUUGGAGAAUCAGCAGGUGGUGCAAGUGUUCAUUAUUUGAUGUUAUCAGAUCUUUCCAAAGGACUUUUUCAUAAAGCGAUCUCACAAAGUGGAAGUGCUUUUAAUCCUUGGGCACUUCAACAUGAUAAUAAUAAAGAAAAUGCAUUCCGCCUCUGCAAACUUCUGGGUCAUCCUGUCGAUAACGAGACAGAAGCUCUAAAAAUCCUUCGUCAAGCCCCCAUAGAUGAUCUUAUAGACAACAGAAUAAAACCAAAAGACAAAGGCCAACUUAUUAUAGACUAUCCUUUUCUACCAACAAUAGAAAAACGUUAUCAAAAUUUUGAACCAUUCUUGGACCAGUCUCCAUUAUCAAAAAUGCAAUCAGGCAAUUUCACAAAAGUCCCAUUUAUAUGUGGAUACAACAGUGCUGAAGGAAUUUUAGGUUUAAUGGACUUCAAGGAUGACCCAAAUAUAUUUGAGAAGUUUGAAGCUGAUUUUGAAAGAUUUGUACCAGUAGAUUUGAAUCUAACUUUAAGGUCUAAGGAAUCUAAAAAAUUGGCUGAAGAAAUGAGAAAGUUUUAUUACCAAGACGAACCUGUUUCUUCAGACAACAAAGAAAAAUUUGUCAGUGUUAUUAGUGAUACUUGGUUUUUGAGAGGGAUUAAAAAUACUGCAAGAUAUAUAAUUGAACAUUCCUCAGAACCGUUAUAUUUAUAUGUUUAUAGUUUUGAUGAUUUUGGUUUUUUGAAGAAACUUGUAUUAGAUCCUAAUAUUGAAGGAGCAGCUCAUGGAGAUGAGCUGGGAUAUCUUUUCAAGAUGAGUUUUACAGAAUUUCCAAAAGAUUUACCAAGUGCAGUGGUGAAUAGGGAACGAUUGUUGCAACUUUGGACAAAUUUUGCAAAAACAGGAAAUCCCACUCCUGAAAUCAAUGAUGUUAUAACAACAAAAUGGGAUAAAGCUACUGAGGAAAAAUCAGAUCAUAUGGAUAUCGAUAAUACUUUGAGAAUGAUUCCAGAUCCUGAUGCAAAACGACUUAGAUUUUGGAAUAAAUUUUUAUGA